UGCGAAAUCAACAUCAACACCUAUAGCUGCACCUGUAGUGAACGGUACAUGUGAACGCGAAGGGUACUCGUGUCCGCUGGAGUUCAAGGCAGGGAGUCGGUCAUUUAAUCCCUCCAGUCACAUCGCCCCACAGACAAAUGGCGAGUGUGAAGGGUUUGUCAUUUACUUUUUCCGAGCUUGGAAUAGCCAUUCUACGAAUGAAACGUGGCCAGAACAGAAUAAAUAUUGAAUUCAUUGAAGCUUUCAAUGAAUGUCUGGACAAAAUUGAACAAAAGUCUGACUGCCGAGGUUUGUUGACAACAGGUGAAGGCAAGUUCUACUCGAAUGGCCUUGACUUGGAUUGGCUUUCCAAGCAAAACACAGAAGGAAGAAACAACUUCAAGCUUGCAUUUAACAGUUUAUUUACUCGUCUGUUGACCUUUCCUAUUCCUACAAUAGCUGCUAUCAAUGGUCAUGCAUAUGCUGGUGGAGCACUCCUUGCCCUUGCUCAUGACUUCAGAGUGAUGAACUCAGAAAAAGGAUGGUUCUGCAUGAAUGAAGUUCACAUCAAUCUUCGUUUGAGUACUUUCUUUCUGGCUUUGCUUAGGGCUAAAAUCAGCACAAAAAUCGUAGAGCAUCGGUUACUGGUGUUUGGCCACAACUAUACAGCUAAGGAAGCUGUAGAAGCAGCAUUAGUAGACAGAGCCACCUCUGCUGCAUUACUUGAAUCUGAAAGUUUGAGGUACCUAGAGAGGUGGAUAGGAAAGAAUGGUUUUCAACGGGAUAGUCUUCAUAAUAUGAAGCAAGAUGUGUAUGCAGACGUUGUGAAGUUGGUCAAUGCAUCUAAACUUUAAUAUGAUUUGAGUAGUUUAUGGAGCUAAUGCUGAGAUGAAAUGAAAUUUCAGAAAAAUAAUUUUGUAAAAAUUACAGCAUGGGCAGAAUAAGAUUGGAUGCCAACAUUAUUAAAGCUAUGUCUGUGUAUAGAGAUAUGUAAUGUGAUGUCUUCAAACUAAUGAAGUUCUUUUAACAUAACUUAAUUGUAGACUAUUUGGUUAUAUGUUGGUUGGGUAUUUGUUUGUAUUUAUAAAAUAAACACAAAUACAUAUAGUAAUUGAACACACUCUUCUACUUUUUUACUUUUACAUAAUGGAGUUUCGUACAUUUGUUUUUGGGUGCAUCAACAAGUACAUAUAUAUAUGGCACGUAUAAAUAGAUAUGCAGCAGAGUUAUGGGGAUCGAGUUGUUGCCAUUCUCAAACCGAUAGAAACAGUUCCGCACACUUUUGCUUUAAAAAGAUUUCUGGGAGUCCCACAACAAACCCCUAAUCCCAUAGUUUAUGGAGAAACACCAAGAUACCCAUUGCAUGGAAUUGUAUUUGUAAAAGGUAUUAAAUAUUGGCUACAUAUAUUUUAGCAUGACUCCAAGCAGACUGCCACAUAUAUUACAAUAUGUUGUUAAACAUACAAAACCAAAACAAGAUAACAGAUUAACAUGCAUGGGCUUCUUCUAUAUGUAUGGUUUUUGUUGCAUCACUAUGGCUUAAGCAUUGUAGAUGGUAUAGUAGAACUUAUACAUAUAUAUAUAUAGCGUACGUGUCAGCCCAGAAUUUUGUGCGCCUGUCAAUCACCUUUAUCGCUUCCAUUUGGGGAAAUGAGCUUUGCAAAUUCAAUUGCUAUUGUUAUUAAUACUGUGGUAAUUAUAAACUUCUUUUUCUACGAAACAGUCUUGCUUGUGUGUUCUU